CUUGACCUCGGAAAGACAUUGAGGAAGUUUAAUGCUGAAUACAACAGAACAAGGAAAGGUAAAUUCUCUACGCCUAGUACACAAACGUCCCUAUUUUACUCUGUGCGGUUUUAUCAACAGACCAUUCAAGCCAUCAGUAUGCAAAGAAUGCCCACAUCAUGGCUGACAGCGGAAUGUUUGAAAGCGUUGCAAACCUUUCUUUGGUAUUAAUGGGAGAUUUCUUAUACAUACACAAAACAUUGGAAUCAGAGGCAUAGGAAAGUGGAGGAGAUUUACCAUGUGCUACCAUGGAUUAAGCAGUGCACAGCAAAGGAACACGAACGAAAUGCUUCAAGAAGAUAUUUCACUUCGGGUUCGGGAAAUGUGGCUUGAGCAUGUUAACUGAGGAGAUUUACCAUGUGCUACCAUGGAUUAAGCAGUGCACAGCAAAGGAACACGAACGAAAUGCUUCAAGAAGAUAUUUCACUUCGGGUUCGGGAAAUGUGGCUUGAGCAUGUUAACUGAGGAGAUUUACCAUGUGCUACCAUGGAUUUAGCAGUGAACAGCAAAGGAACACGAACGAAAUGCUUCAAGAAGAUAUUUCACUUCGGGUUCGGGAAAUGUGGCUUGAGCAUGUUAACUGAGGAGAUUUACCAUGUGCUACCAUGGAUUUAGCAGUGAACAGCAAAGGAACACGAACGAAAUGCUUCAAGAAGAUAUUUCACUUCGGGUUCGGGAAAUGUGGCUUGAGCAGAACGUCAUGUCAUACUGCACGUUCGACAGUCCUCACCCUUAUCACAUUUAGGCGGCAUUCAGAACUUUCCUGCAGAUGACACGCAAGAAAAAGAUCGUGAAACCAAAUGCUCAUUCAGCGGAGAACGGACUGACGCCAUUCAAAGAUCAGACACGACAUGUAGUAAAAAAUAAGAGCAUACACCGUGUGUUCAAAACAUUACUUCUCCUCUGCAUUAUCUUCAUCUGCCUACUUGGUACAAGCAUGUUCCCCCUAACAGUAAAAUAUUACUUGCCAUCUCCACUCACCGGAAGUUGCCCGAGUGUCAUGUCGGAGAUGACAAAGGGGGCAUGGAUUACCCGCCCUUUGGCUCAAAACGAGUCUAAACAAAUCCACGACUUUCUAAUCGUAGCUCGAUCUCACUAUGGGGUCUCCGCUAGCAUGGAACGACCGGACAAGCGAUGUGGGGAUGUUGGGUUUGACGGACUUAAAAGUCACCCUGCGCUCAAGUUUCGAGCAUUGUGUGAUCCGCUCGGAAAGAUCCCAUGCUGUUACAACAAUCAGUGUGUUGCUCGAAGUGAAGAAGAUUGCUCCUGUCCAACAUGUUUUGAUAUGAGGCAGCAGAUUCAUACUGAAUAUGCAACAUGGAAGCCUCGAGACGACCGGUGUCCGGUCAAAACCCUCGCAGCCUCGUCAUCCUGCGAACUCCUGUCUGGAUCUGAGUUAUAUUUCAUGGGUGACUCCUAUUUGCGACAGAUGUAUACAAUGAUUGUGAUGCAUUUGACAAACAACUAUGAGGACUCGACUAUCCGACCGAAUGAAUCAUCACGAAAACGGAAGAUGUACAAAGGGCUGUUCCAGUUUCUUAACUACGGCCUGACGACGAACAAACGAGUGUGUGAAGGUCGCACUCUCUUAAAACACAUAGAAGUGAAUUUACCAAGUCACGCAGGGACUGUAUUGCCUUUAAUUAACAGCCUGCGUUCUAGGAACAGGUCUAUCAUUUUAUUAGGUCAAGGUAUUCAUGGUGGGUAUAAUAAAGAAGACGCAUGGGAACAUCUUCUGAAACCAAUUGCAAAGAUCUAUAAUCAAACCAAGCAGGAAUGGCCGAAGUUUGUGUGGGUGAGUCCACAUGCUCAUGGGUUACUGAAGAUUCCAAGAACCUAUGACCAAAGUGACGAGAAACUGCGGCUGUAUAACGAAUACAUCAAUAAUAGACUGAGAGAGUUAAAUGUUGAAGUGUUUGACACAUUUCCUUUUACGAACGGUGUGAUGGCGUAUGACGGCGCGCACUAUGGAAUCGGGGUGAACAUGCUGAAGAUACAGAUUGUGUAUAACUAUAUUGAAGAACUUCUCAAGAAGGGAGCGUGGUAAAUGGUGGCGCGCACUAUGGAAUCGGAGUGAACAUGCUGGAGAUACAGAUUGUGUAUAACUCUACAGAGGAACUUCACAUGACAGAAGGAGGGGGUAUGACUUGCAUAUCUAGGGCGAGCUUAAAGGUAGGGGUGAUGGAGGGGGUAUGACUGGCAUAUCUAGGGCGAGCUUAAAGGUAGGGGUGGUGGAGGUGGUAUGACUGGCAUAUCUUGGGUUAUCUUAAAGGAUUAGCUGUUUUAUGGACAUGACGUCAGAGUUGGUACGGUUAGGCUAGUAAUCAGCUGUUAUUAGAGGUGGAAUGCUUGCAGUAAUUCCCAUUCAUUGUGACGAUGUGGUAUAGCCGACCACAGCUGCAACAAAGAAUAUUUUGGUGCUGGUCAUUUACGUCAAGCUUCCAAGAUGGGCUUGGCAGGUAAUCAUGGAUGAUGAGUGAUCCUCACAUGAAAGAUAUACACACUCUUCGGGUUCGAUUCCCGAUAUGGGUACAAUGUGUGAAGCCCAUUUCUGGUGCCCGCCGCCGUGAUAUUGCUGGAAUAGUGCUAUAAGCGGCGUAAAACCAUACUCACUUACUCACUCACUCACUCACUCUUGUCCCAUGAUGUAAACAGUCUAACAAGCUACUGGAAAAUUCUUCACGGUGCCCUCGACAGUCUAGCGGCACCAGAACAUUACAGAAUAUUCUGCAUGAGUCCACGGUAUACCAGAAGUUUACAUAUCACACUACCAUCUAAAUAUAAUAACUUCCUGACGACUGCUUACAUUAAAUAGUACUGACGACAAAUACAAUGCAAUGAGCGUCUACCGAAUCUUAACAGAAACGGGGGCACGGGUAGCCCAGUCGUCUAAGG